AUGGAAGGGUAUGGUAGCUGGAGGGAACUGGCUAAGGCUGUGGACCCAAACUUGCAGCUUUAUUAUCCUAAGAAGCUAGGACACCAGAACCAAGAGCAGCAACAAGGUGGGAGGAAUAGGUCAGAUUCUCCUGCAGUGGACAUCUCUUCUCCUUGGAUGCCAGAGUUCCAGGGCCAGGCCAAUCUCCAUGUGUUUGAGGAUUGGUGUGGCAGCUCCAUUGAGCAGCUCAGAAGGAACCUCCACUUCCCACUCUACCCCCAUACACGAACCACCCUGAAGAAGCUGGCAGUGUCACCCAAAUGGACCAACUAUGGGCUCCGCAUAUUUGGCUAUCUGCACCCUUUCACUGACGGGGACUUUCAAUUUGCCAUUGCUGCUGAUGACAAUGCUGAGUUCUGGUUGAGUUCAGAUGAAAGGAUUUCUGGCCUCCGGCUUCUGGCUAGCAUAGGCAAGACUGGGAAGGAAUGGACGGCACCAGGAGAAUUUGGGAAGUUCCAAAACCAGCAAUCAAGGCCAGUGAGAUUAGCAGCUUCUGGCAGGUACUACUUUGAAGUGCUGCAUAAACAGGAUGACAAAGGAACAGAUCAUGUGGAGGUGGCGUGGCGACUGAAUGACCCAGAAGCCAAGUUGACAGUCAUAGACUCCCAAUACCUCUCCCUUUUUGCUAAUGAGACUCUCUUAAAGAUGGAUGAAGUUGAACAUAUACCACAGACAUUGGCCAGCCGUGCAAAUCAGUCUACUGCCAGUCUGAGCAAGAAGACACACCCAGCUGACAUGCUGAAGCCUGACCCUCGGGACACUAUUUAUAAAGUGCCUCUGAUUAGUAAGUCACGCCUGCGGAAGACGUUGCCGGACUGCCCUUACAAACCCAGCUACCUGGUGAAUGGAUUCCCAUUAUCACGCUAUCAAGGACUCCAGUUCGUUCACUUGUCCUUUGUUUACCCAAAUGAUUACAGCCGCCUGAGCCAUAUGGAGACAGACAACAAAUGCUUCUAUCAGGAGAAUCCAUAUUACUUGGAAAGAUUUGGAUUCUAUAAAUAUAUGAAAAUUGACCAGCCAGAGAGGAGAAAUCUGGAGUCUGAGGAGAAAACAGAGCAACCAGGCUAUGAGGAAGGGAACCCUGAUGAGUUUCAGUACAUGGACCAGGACACAAACCCCAGCAAGCAGGGGGCAGAGCUGGCAGUGGGCAAGGCAUACCCCAGCAUACUGAUGGGCUAUGAUGAUGUUUACAAUGACUACUCUCUCCAGGGGCAUAGGAAGCCCCUCUCACUCACAAAUGGCAAUGUGAAGGAGGCAGUCCCAAACAGAAGAAGAAAGAGGCCCCAUAUGAAGGCAGUUACCCUCACCUCAGACAACCAACGCAUCAACAAAACCAGUCUAGAAAGAAACCCACCCAUGAGGAGGCCUCACUUAAAAACUGGGGUCAAGGACAAUUCCAAAUAUCCUUCUCAGCAUGCCAGGAGCACCCGUGGAAGGCCACUCAUCAAGAAAAGAAUAGGAGACCCAGGUCCUGUCUCUAGCACAAGUCCUCAGGAUGCCUCGGAGCAUUCUCCUGGUGGAUCUAGGGACUCAGGUGGUAGGAUACCAAGAGGGGCAAGGCCUCCUCAGAGAGAUCUCAAUUCAACUAACACCAAGAACCAACCAGCGGGCACCAUACAAGCCAAGAGACAAAGCCCAGUCUCUGGUAAAACCAGCAGAAGAGCUGUAAGUGCUGCCAGCCUCAGCAAACAGACCCUUUACCAAGCACAGUGGCUAAACCAAGUGGAGUCAUAUAUUGCUGAGCAGAAGGUGGCAGAUGGCAUUGAUGCGGAUGUGGAGAAGGGUCAAGUAGAGUCUCAGGCAAAGGACAGGCAUGAACUUGUAGACCUAGCAGUAGCAGAGGAAGAAGAAGAGAUCGAAGGAGAAGUCGAGGGGGAGGAGGAAGGAUUUGACUACAUGCCAGUGUUUGACCAAGUAGUGAACUGGGAACAGACCUUCAGCACAAGCAUCUUGGAUUUCCAUGUGCUGCGAACAGACUGGAUUGACCUGAAGUGCAACACAUCGGGGAACCUGCUGCUCAAAGAGAGGGAGGCCCUGGAGGUCACACACAUCUUCCUAAAGAAGCUCAACCAGAAGAACAAAGGAUUUCAUCAGCAUACUCCUCCUUCUUGUGCCAAGGCCAUUAAUGAAAAUACUAAAGAAAAUCCAUCUUCCCAGAGGUUCCAGCUGCAGCGCAUAGUGAAUGUGGAGAAGCGGCAGGACCGGCUACGAGGGAGUUGGAUCGGCUAUGAGGAAGGGAACCCUGAUGAGUUUCAGUACAUGGACCAGGACACAAACCCCAGCAAGCAGGGGGCAGAGCUGGCAGUGGGCAAGGCAUACCCCAGCAUACUGAUGGGCUAUGAUGAUGUUUACAAUGACUACUCUCUCCAGGGGCAUAGGAAGCCCCUCUCACUCACAAAUGGCAAUGUGAAGGAGGCAGUCCCAAACAGAAGAAGAAAGAGGCCCCAUAUGAAGGCAGUUACCCUCACCUCAGACAACCAACGCAUCAACAAAACCAGUCUAGAAAGAAACCCACCCAUGAGGAGGCCUCACUUAAAAACUGGGGUCAAGGACAAUUCCAAAUAUCCUUCUCAGCAUGCCAGGAGCACCCGUGGAAGGCCACUCAUCAAGAAAAGAAUAGGAGACCCAGGUCCUGUCUCUAGCACAAGUCCUCAGGAUGCCUCGGAGCAUUCUCCUGGUGGAUCUAGGGACUCAGGUGGUAGGAUACCAAGAGGGGCAAGGCCUCCUCAGAGAGAUCUCAAUUCAACUAACACCAAGAACCAACCAGCGGGCACCAUACAAGCCAAGAGACAAAGCCCAGUCUCUGGUAAAACCAGCAGAAGAGCUGUAAGUGCUGCCAGCCUCAGCAAACAGACCCUUUACCAAGCACAGUGGCUAAACCAAGUGGAGUCAUAUAUUGCUGAGCAGAAGGUGGCAGAUGGCAUUGAUGCGGAUGUGGAGAAGGGUCAAGUAGAGUCUCAGGCAAAGGACAGGCAUGAACUUGUAGACCUAGCAGUAGCAGAGGAAGAAGAAGAGAUCGAAGGAGAAGUCGAGGGGGAGGAGGAAGGAUUUGACUACAUGCCAGUGUUUGACCAAGUAGUGAACUGGGAACAGACCUUCAGCACAAGCAUCUUGGAUUUCCAUGUGCUGCGAACAGACUGGAUUGACCUGAAGUGCAACACAUCGGGGAACCUGCUGCUCAAAGAGAGGGAGGCCCUGGAGGUCACACACAUCUUCCUAAAGAAGCUCAACCAGAAGAACAAAGGGAGGUUCCAGCUGCAGCGCAUAGUGAAUGUGGAGAAGCGGCAGGACCGCCUACGAGGGAGCCGUUACCUGCUGGAGCUGGAGCUACUGGAGCAGGGGGGACGGCUUGUCCGCUUCUCAGAGUACAUCUUUGCACGGGGUUGGCAAGGCAUUGGUGGUGAUGAGCAGGAGAGGAACAUGAGGAACCUGGUUUGGGGCCGCCGGCGCCACUUGAUGGGUGUGGCUAAUGAGCCGGAGCUGUGCUGGCCACUGGGCUUUUCCUGGAACCAUCAUGCUGUUGUCCACUUUAUCGUGCCAGUGAAAAACCAGGCCCGCUGGGUACUGCAGUUUAUUUCUGACAUGGUGGAAUUGUCCCAAGUCACCAAGGACCCACACUUCAAUAUCAUCAUCACAGACUACAGCAGUGAUGACAUGGAUGUAGAGAAAGCUCUGAAGAGGUCUCGGUUACAGAGUUAUCAGUACUUGAAGCUGACAGGGAAUUUUGAACGCUCAGCAGGGCUCCAAGCUGGCAUAGACCUUGUGAAGGAUCCACACAGUAUCAUUUUCCUCUGCGAUCUCCACAUCCACUUCCCAGGCGGGAUCAUCGACUCAAUUCGGAAGCACUGUGUGGAGGGCAAGAUGGCCUUUGCACCCAUGGUCAUGCGGCUGCAUUGUGGUGCAUCCCCACAGUGGCCUGAUGGGUACUGGGAGGUGAAUGGAUUUGGUCUCUUGGGCAUAUACAAGUCUGACCUGGAUAAGAUUGGGGGCAUGAACACCAAAGAGUUUCGGGAUCGCUGGGGAGGAGAGGAUUGGGAACUCCUGGACAGGAUUUUGCAGGCUGGCUUGGAAGUAGAACGACUCUCACUGAGACAUUUCUUCCACCGAUUUCACUCUAAACGGGGCAUGUGGAACCGACGCCAGUUGAAGACACCAUAAUGUUUGAUUGGCCGAGCUAUUCAGUCUGGCAUCCCAGCAUGCACUUUAUCUAGGCCCAGAGUGCACAUUCUUCCCUUUCAAAGCCUCAUACAUGACUGGAUUUACACAGGUUUGUGGAAUAGGCCAGUCAGAGGAAUGGGAACUUCUCUUGUGAGUCAUUAAGGCUCAAACACAGGAUCUGUGUUUGUGUUGGGGGAGCCUAAGACAUGCAAAGUACUGAUUAUCCCUGACACUGAAAGUACCUCUAGACCCUGAUUGAUGGCACAAUGGAAGAGAUGCCACACUGCCUGGAGUACUUGCAGGGUUUCAAAAAAAAAAGAGGAGGGAAAAAGGGAACAAAUCCCAGUUACACAUAAAAUGGAUUAUGUACAAUAAUGCAGAUGCUGCUUCUGAUACUUGAAAAAAAAUGACUGACUUCCAUGUCUUUGGACAGGGGACCAAAGUAAGUUCUCUGAACUGCAUUGUACCUGAAUCGCCACGUCCCAGCCUGGCAGAGACUACGUGUGGAGCAGCUGAAUUAAAACUUGAAGCUGCCAGUGCUUAGUCCAUUUCACCAUGCUUUCACUUAAAUCAAUAGGAAAAACUAUACUCAGGUUCAACAAACCAUGGGCUGCAUACAGAAUGUAAACAGUAGGCGGCAUUUGCCUGUCAUUGCUUGAAGUUAAUAUUAAGAACAAACUGUGUCGUCUGCCUGAAACUGCUGCUGGGGACUUGGAGAGGCUAGGUAAGGCCACCUCUGUUGUAACUGAAAAGCCUUAUCUACAGCUGUGGCCCCGGCAGAUGAACAAGCUUGUCCCAAUGACACCAGAGAACUCCUAACAGGGAAGAAAUGGCAAUAUUUUAUUAGUUGAAAUAGUGUAAUUUUAUCAGCGAAAAGACAAAUUGUUCUGACCCUGUUGCUCUGCAGAUAAGAGCAUCUGAGGGUUAAUGUCAUAAGUUUCGACUUUGCAGUCAUGUUCUUUUGUAGCUAUGACUUGUGUAGAGAGCAGGUUGGUGUGCCUUAGCAGAAGCACAAGAGCACCUAAGGAUUCUGCACGCAUGGAAGGAUGAAGGAAGCUUCAUGUAGCACUGGUACCAUGGACCUGCAGCCUGGUGCUUGCCCUAGUGCAGGAUUGUGCAAGUCUCUGAACUGCACUGCUAAACGGAUGGCAAGGGUCUAUUGUUUCACUGGUAAAAGGACUAUGGAUGGCGAUGCUGCUCAAACACAGUAGAGUCUUGCUCCAAUUGAAGUCAACCGCAAGGCCACACUACACAGACUGCUGCUGGCCUCCUACACUGAGGGAGGAGAGCAGCCAGGUGGAAAGAUUGCUUCUGAUUAUCUGCAGUUUGCGGGAAUCAGUUGACAGAGUAACACAUUUUUAGGACAAAUUGCAGGGCUGAGUUGGUGCCUGAAUUUUCUGCCUUUCAUACAAUGGUGAUCAAGGCCAGGCAUGCAUUGUGUGCCACCCCUAAGUUACAAUUUCAUUUGUCCUUAAUGAACCCUGUGGCACCUGACAGGCUCCCCUGCUGCCAUUGUUGCAAUCUCCAGCAGCAAACAGUAGACUGAUCUUGGCACACAGGAUUUAGGCCUAGGUUGUCAGCUUGUUUUCUGAGCUGACCCCGCUCUCAACUCUUUGCUUGACAGGAGCAGGGAAAAGUAUCAGGGACUGAGCAGAGCAUGCCAUGCAGAGUGGAGCAGUGUUGAUGAACAUAUAAGGCUACUGCAUCUCUUAAUCUAUUAAACCUUUAUAUGAAUGUAGCCAUUUGGGACUUGUGGGGAUGAAUCCUCCAGGCCAUUCCAAAUAGCAGCCUCUUGUCAGAAAGAGGGUCCUUUUUUAACAUGUGGAGGGUGGUGGCAGAGGAAGAUAGAUGUCUUGCUGCAGAGGUGUGAGUUCAAGCCUUGGUCCAUAUUUGUACCCAAGGCCCUUCUCCAGUCAACCCAGCUGUCAACAGAUACCUGGUCUUUUGAGCUGGGAAAUUGAAAGUGGCUAACUGUGUCACUCCCUUUGAUACUGCUGGCUACAGAAACUGGCAGGCCUUAACCCAACAGUGGGCAAUUAUUUGGGUUGGGAGGCCACUUAAUGACUUGGUGACCUGUCAAGGGCCAUCCCUCCUCCUUUCCUUCCCCCUCCCAUCCCCCCUCAGCUGUGUCCAGUGCAGAAGCCUGAACCCACCCACAGCUUUAACACAACCCCCCUAUGGAGUCCCCCCCUCCCCUUUUUCUUCCCCUUCCCCACCCCAGUCUGGACCCAGCAGCUACCGGUUGCAUCCACAGCUGCCCAAAUGCGACCAGCAGCUUCCAAGUCAGGGGUCUCGGUGCGGUGGGGGGCAGGGCGUACUACAGCUGUGGGUGGGUUCAGGCUUCUGUGCGGGUCACAGCCCACAGCUGUAGCAUGCCCUGCCCCCUCUCCCUCCCCUGUACCCAGAGCCCCAACCUGGAAGCUGCCAGCUGCAUUUGGGUAGCUGUGGAUGUGGCUGGCAGUUACCAGGUCCACACUCGGGGUGGGGCAUGCUACAGAUGCAAGCGGGUUCAUGCUUCUGCUUCCCCAUGGGUGGCAGGCCUGGUUGCCCAGCACCAUGCAGCUGCCACCUGCCCCUGGACUGGAUCCAUUUACUUGGCAGGCACCUGUCUGUGGGCCAGAUUCAAUCAACUGGCAGGUUGGAUCUGGCCUGCAGACCAUGUUUUGCCCACCCCUGUCUUAAUCCAAUAGGCCGCUGAACUUGGGUGGACCUAUGACAAUUUCGUGUUCAGAAACUGUGAAAAAAAUCAUGAAAGUAGGUUUGUGGGCAGAUGGGGCCAACAAAUGAAACCUCCCUGUUUUCAGAAAUGCAACCUAGGGGGAAUUUGUACGUGUAAAAGGUGCAGCUGCGUGUUUCUGCCUGGAACGUGCUGAGGUUUGCUGUUGUACCUCAGAGCCUGUCCUGUCAUGCAGCUUCCUCCAGGGGCUCAAGCCUAUAUGUUCAUAGCAUGACACACCUCUAGUUCUUGCAUUUCCUCCCUCCAGUGGCAGGGGCUGCAGGCUCCCCAGCUGGUUUGAGCUGCCUCUGUAAAGAAAUUCCUGUUACACGGCAAAUCGGUAACAGAGCUUCUAUUCCUAGGAACAGAAUACACUAUAAAUAGUGCUCAGUACUUGUCAUAAAGUAUCAGGGCUGAAUGUAGAAAGUAGGAUGCAAUUCCCCCUCCAUUCAUGUCAGUUGUAAUAUUCCCAUUGACUUCAGUAGUGUCAGGAUUUCACCCAAGGAUUUCUUCUGCUGCCCAAUCAAACAUGCUCCUUUCUUCACAUCUUUCAAGCCAAAUUAGAAUUGACAAGACCUUUUACCUCCUCAGGGCUUGCUGAUACAUAGGAAAUGAGCUGUAGUGUGUUGGACCAAUUUCCAGAAGGGAGAUAUCCACAGCACAGUUGCAAUGUACAGUGCAUAGCUUAACAGAGUCCUAAUCUUAACUGGUCCACAGGCACUGCCAUCAUAAACGUGACUAAUACUAAUUAGGACUAGUUGGCAGACUCAGUGGAAAACCAUCAGGGAGAAUUCUCCAUGGAGUCUGAUUAGCCUUGCAGCCUUGAAGGUGGUCACAUGAGGUCAGGACUGAGUCUGUCACAGGACUGAGGUCAGGACUGAGACUGGGUAAAGAGAAGAUGACAUACUGCAGCCCAGUAUGAAAUUGGUGUGGAAAAGUGAAGGGUUUAAUCCAAAGGGUGCAUCCCCUCCUCCAAGACAACUUUUUUUGCCCCAGAAAAAAAAACAAGAGUGAAGCAGGAAUUGCUUAAGGCUCAGGCAGGUGUCUGGCUUUUCUACAGCGAUGAUAGGGUCAGGCAUAGUCCUUUCCAGGCCACCAGGAAUCCUGAAUGGGACACACCAAAUCUGAGAUCAAUCACUGCUUUGAAACCAUUUGGUUGCUAGGAAAGCAGCUAGUAUUGGAGCCACUGCUGUGUGGGGUUCUCUGCUAGCAUGCAGGAAGCAAGUCUCAGGAAAUUGCAGUGCCCCAAAGUUGACACAAAGGGCUAUGGGGAACCUGACUUUACCAAAGCAGGGAAGUUGGCUUCUCCCUACAAAUCAAUCAUGUUUCCAUUGUAGGAAUUACCAGGAGGCACUGGACCCUUUUCACUCCCUGGGGGAUUCUGCGACUGUGGUUGUUCUGCAGCCCAGCACACGGCUCAGGAGAGAACGGGUUCUGUCUGACUAUGAUAAUGUGACUGUUCUGUUGCUGUCAUUUUUUUUUGUUUGCCUCGUAUGAAUGUGUUGUCUUCUCUCGUUGCUUGUGAAUGUCUGAAAGGUGGCGCAGCCACCAAUGCCUUGUAUUUAAGUUCUGUACUGUACCUCCGAAUUCCAUGCCUUACUGGGGCUUUGUGCCUUCAAGAGGAUUCCCAGGCCACCCUCUGUUAGGACAGAGGGAUCAACUGGCACCCCGCAGGGUUUAUAAAUACAUUUUUUUUCUUCCUACAAAAGCUCAUCUCCAUCUGCGCAUUCCUCAAACACCCGCCAGCCUCACACUGCAGCUACUCAUAAGUCAUGUGUUUCCUCUUCUUGUCUCAUCCAAAAGAAGAUGCUGUUAAUGGAACAGAGAUCACUGUCUGCCGCAGCCAGCAGGAGGAUGGCAAUGACCAAGGCAGAAGAUGGUAGUUGGGAUCAGAUUAACAUACCCCCCCAUUCAAACAAUGGGCAUAGCAGGUACUGAUAUAGGGGGACACAGGAUCUAGACACACAACACAUUAAUAUUGGUGCAACUUACACUGAGUUUGUACACUGAUUACUGUUGUAAGCCAACCCCGGGACCAGACAACCACAGGAAGCUGCUGCAGUAAAUGCUAUUAUAGCAGCUAGCCACUAAGUGGCAAGAGCACCUGUAAUAGCUUAUUUGCAUUGAGAAAACAGCUAUCCUGAAUUGAAUGAACACACAGCCCUUACAGGUUAACUUACAAGGGUGUAGUUUUGUUCCUGCUUUUUACAGAGGUAAUACUACACUGGUUUUUAGUUAGUUACAAUGAUUUAUUGCUGCAUGUGUGCACCCACUCCUUGCUUAUACCAGGGUUCUUUAAAGGUGUUGUGCAUCCAAGACAAUAGUCUGUUUUUUCUCUAGGCUUCUCUCAUAGAGAAUGGAAUAGACCUAGAGACACAGCAUAUAUUUCUUCCUUCAAGCACCUAGAAGCAUAGAGAACACAAUAAAAUGGAUAAUGAGAAGGAUAGACCAAUCUCUGUCUCAGCCAGCAAGCACCAUCUCAUGGAAAAAACUACAAGAAGGAACCCCAAGCUAAGCUCAGCAUCUGACAGCUCAAAAGCCAUAGGUCAGCUCUUCUACAGCAAUGGUUUAUGGAAAAGUAAAAGCCCAUUUUGUUCUCUCUGGCCCUGUCACCUAUGGGAGUAUGAGCAGGGUAGUACAGAGCCAGGACAAUAUAAACAAAGGGAGAUGAUGACUAAGUUGGAAGAUAAAAUGAAGCUGGAAUGACCUCUCCAAGGUACAAAAGCCUAGGCAGUGUAUAUGGAGACACUGAAUUGGCCUACAUACCAACAUUCCCCUUCUCAUCCUUGCUGGUUUAAUCCAAAGGAAAGGCAGGUGCUAGUACAUUUGGAACCAGCUUGGCUGCCAAAACAAAGGAGAUUAUCAAUCUGUCCAUCUAUUGGGGCUUCACUCCUAGAUUGACUGCUGACCAGGGUUAAAGAGUCCAGUCUACCCAAUCAUGGAGUGGACCUCAGUUCUUCAAUGUUUUGGUGGCUUUUCCCUGCUAGGGGUAAGACUCAUACCUCCUCUUGAGAUGCUCUUCUGCCCAAAGCCAUUGGCACCCUAGAGGCUGCCAGGUUAUUUAACUGCUGGCCAGCACUCAACAUUAACAGUCACAGAUAGUACCAUCUACUGGCAAUUAUGGUAGCAGGCUGACCUGACCUGACCAGACCGGACCUGACCUGUCACUAAUGUCAUUGUGUGUGUGUAUAUACACCACAGUCUGAAAACUAUCCACAUGUCUACUGCUUAGAAAUACACAUCACAGGCCUUUUGCUUAGAGGAAAAAUGCUUAGAGGAAUCAGUAAGCAAUAUCUCAUAGGUAGGGACCUAACAAAAAUGUGGUUUCACAUUUUUUGCAGAAAAUGUGAAAUCAAGCAUUUGCCAUGAAAAACAACAGGUUCCAUGAUUUUAGCAGGCUUGCUAGAAAAAAAAGCCCAACUUACCAGCAAGCAAAGAAAAGGGCAGGAAGCCCUGCAGUCUUGGAGCAGUAGGCACAGAGCUACUUGCAGAAGGCAGCAGGGAGGCUGCAAGCAGCUGCACUUAGGUCCGUGGAUCCCUGACCUGGCCUGUGGCUGGCAGUGGGUGCAUGCAUGGCUUAGGGCAGACAGUGGAGAAGGAGCUGGGGCUGAACUACUCCCAACCCCUUCCCUAGUGUCUGCCCUGAGGUGUUAGGUGGAGUUUGAUGGCCAGAAACUGUAGCUUAAUUACCUCAAUUAAGCCUGGGGAAACCAUUAAUCUACACUUAAUAAUGGGCUUCCUUGGGUUUAAUCAGGGUAAUUAAGACAUAGUUUUGGGCCAUCUGACAAUCCUCAGGGAGGUGAGGCACUGCUGGGGCCCCUUGGCCAAACAGAGGCAUGGGGGGACCCCACUGCAAUAAGCCUGUGAAAAUGGCAGCUGUCCCUGUGAUUGCUCCAUGAAAUUGGCCACCUGACUCCCCAAGUUAGGAAGACCCCUAACUAUAAGGCAAAGUGCUGCAACGCUGGGAACAGAAUAAAAUCGCUAUAUUUCCAUUGCUUCUCUCAUCAAAGGGUCUCCAAGCAUAAAUGGAGGUAGCCUCUUUGUACUCUUGUCAGGUAGAUGUUUUUAUCUCCAUUUUCUUGGUACAGAAACUGGCCCAGAAGAGUAAAGGGUUUGAACCUAGACUCCUUUGAGUAAAUGGGAUUUUCACUUGCAAGUUAACAAGAGCCAGAGCAAUGGUUGAUUAAGGUUGUGGCAAUGGCCACAGAUUGAACCAUGAAAUGCUGAUUCAUAGAAAGAUUUAAAAGCAAAGCGCUCUCUCAUUUAUCCUUCCUUGAUGUACUUCUCUGUGGUCCCACGCAGAUUAAUAGUUCCUUCUGUGCAUCAAAUCCCAGCCCACUUGUGGCACUUACCUGGCUUGUGAAGUGUAUCUGGAUUCUGCAUAUCUUUAAACACAGACAGCAAAGUGACUUCCAAAGCCCUCAUGCUGCUCUUGAUACAGGGAGAUUUGUAGAAAGAUCAACAAGAGGAAUGCGAGUCAAGUGUAGUGAGAAAGCCAGCUCCACAGCCAUAUCACCAAUAUAAUUUAUCCCAGUCUGCAGAACAAGGCCGAAAUCUCUGAUUUAACAAAAAUUCAUCACCAUACAUUUCUGGAAGAUUUGGAAUAUCAAAUAUGCAAGUGACCGUCUCUGCUUAUAGGUGAAUAAUAACACUUGUCAAAGCCAAGUCUACUACAGGCUUAAUUACUAUGUCAGUAUGUCACAGGAGCUCUUUCAAGGAGAAUACAUGAAUAUUUUUGUGUCCUUUUCUUUUUAUUCCUUUCUAUUUAGCUAUGAUGGGAACAUGCAAAUUCCAAUACUUGUAGGAAUCUCCUUUUAAUUAUCAAAUAUUUCAGAUUUCAUCUGUAUUAAAAGCUGGCCCUGCCUUCCAAAUGAGAAAUCCUUUAAUAAGCAAAAAAACAUGUAAUUAUGCUUGAAACCAACAGCCAAUUUAAAAAAAUCUAGUUUUUGAGUGUGACAACAGCAGUCCAAGAAUGUUCCCUGCACAAAAUAAUCUCCUGUUUCAGAAUGAUCUGGAGAAACACAAAGUCAACUUAUUAUUUUAAGCCAAAACCUCAUUGCGAUAUAGUAGAGUUCCUAACAGCACUAACACAAUAAAAAUGUUUUAAAAAAUAUUCAUGUUACUGAUAACACUUUAAAUGAUAUCACUGAAACAAAA